CACCCCCCGCCCCCCGCCCCACGUCGGUGCCACCCGCGGAGAUGAAACGUGAGCCCGGGUGGCCCAGGACGCAGGAGCGGGCUGCCUGGUCUGCCGCCUGAGAGCCGCGGGAGGAGACAAAGAGACCUCGGUCCCAGCGCAGCCCUGCGCGGGCCGGCCCGGGCUCCCCUCGAAGGCUCCCAGAGCAAUGGCCCGGUCUCCCCGCGACCCCCCUCUAGGGAGUGUUGCCCUCUCCCUCUGAACGUCUUGCAGCCGCUCCCGUGUCUGGGGUUCUCCCUUCGCUCCCAGCCCCCUUUCCAGUGUCUGUCCGUCUGUCCUGGCGCGCAACCUCCGGCCACCGGCUUGGAUGGACGCGCGGAGGCUGCCCGGGUGUCCAGGGAUCUUGCUUCCGAAGUUGGUCCUGCUCUUUAUCUACGCAGAGGAUUGCCUUGCUCAGUGUGGGAAAGACUGCAGAUCUUACUGCUGUGAUGGGACCACACCCUACUGUUGCUCCUACUAUGCUUAUAUUGGGAAUAUCCUCUCGGGCACAGCAAUUGCUGGCAUAGUGUUUGGAAUUGUAUUCAUCAUGGGGGUCAUCGCUGGAAUUGCCAUAUGUAUCUGCAUGUGUAUGAAAAACAACCGUGGGACCCGGGUGGGCGUCAUCAGGACCACUCACAUCAAUGCCAUCUCCUCCUAUCCUGUGGCACCACCGCCCUACAGUUAUGACCAUGAGAUGGAAUACUGUGCUGACUUGCCACCUCCCUACUCCCCGACCCCACAGGCUUCAGCACAGCGUUCUCCACCCCCUCCUUACCCUGGAAAUUCAAGGAAACCAACCUUCUCCCAGACCAGAAUAUGUGCCAAUCAGAGAUCUUGCCUGGAAUAAAAUGUCUCUAUCAGAAACUGGAAAGGACUGCUCUACGGAAUACCUUUUUGGGCCCAAAAAUAUGUCAAGUGGAAUAACCGGGCUAAGAAAUACUGAGUGUUUACCCCUCUCUGAGCUGACCAAGAGUAUUGUUUGGUUCGAUGGUAUCACAUUUGAAGAGAUGUAAUGAUCAAUGCAAGCACAUUCAGAGAAGAGUAAUGAGAAAGACAAAACAUCGGAAAAUCAUAUUGCUGAAGGAAACUGUAGUACUGAUCCUGGAAAAGUGAAGAAUGAUGUAAGAGUGGAGAAUAGGCUGGACUACAUAAGGAAACAACUAUAUUCUGUGCAGCCUUAGAAAUCAGAAUCAGAAUUAUUCAUUCUUUUGUUCAUCAAUAAAUACUGUUCAAGUGCAUGAGAGCCUACUCUGUGCCUUUCAUUGUUUAAAGCACUGGAUGGAAGCACAGGAAUUUUGGUUUCUGGAUAAGAACAAGGAACUUUGGUUUUAGGAUGAGAAAGAGGAGUUAGAGCUUCCUUAUUGACUAGAUUGUUUUGUGAAGUUCCCUAUUACCAAGACUUCGAACAGAAUCUGUCUAUCUGGUAGAGACUUACUCUAGAAAGAACAGGUAAAUCAAAUGGUAGUGGGGUCCACUGGGCGCCAAGCAUUCUGCUCAUGGUUUAGUUAAGUGUAAAGUAAAUUUCUAUGCCUCUGAGAAUGAAAACAACUAAAGUAGUUUAAUCUUAUAUUUAAUUUGACAGUUAAAACAGAAUUAAAGGGACACCACAGCUGCUUGAAGCCAAUAACUCUUUAGUGCUAGCUACUGCCACCUAAAAAAUCAUCUGACUUUAAUUAGUGGUUUAUUAUAACAAAGGUUAUUCCAACUGUAGGGGGAAAAAAUGUAUCAAGUUCCACAAGCAACAGAUAGUUUAUUUAAGACUGAAAGAUUAGAAGCCAAAUAUUCCCAUGGGAUUUUACAUCAGGGAGUAAAACUGUAGAACUUGACUGUGAAGAUACAUAACAGUUUAUGAAAAGAAGAAGGGAAAAUAAAAUUUGCAUCCUUGUUCUCUGGAAUUCCAUUCAUGUGUAGUUUAGACAGAUUUUUUUCUCUUCUGUAAUAUUGUGAAAAUAUAUUCCCUUGAAAAACUACACAGUUAUUAGAAAGGUUAAGAUAUUGACAUCAAACUGUUGCUUUUUGCCAAGUUCAAGUGUUAUGAAGUGCCUGCCUUCAAGCAUAAAAUUUUUGGCUAAGUAAUUCCAAUGUGCCGUAUUUUGCUGCAAGUGACCUUAACACUUAUACUUUUAUGUGGGCCCUUUCAUGUAUUUAAAAAUUUACAUUGACAAAAUAUUGGGGGAGACUGAUAUCACCAAAAUGGUGAUGUACAUCAUUCCUGAAUUUGCUCCAUCUCAUAAGAAGAAUAGCCAACAACUAUCCAAAAACAAGAUACCACUGAGAGAAUCCUAGAAUGCAGGACUGAGGCCAAAGAACCACCCUCCCUCACCCCAUGCACUUCAGAGAUCAAGAUAGACUGGAUUAGAGAAGUUACUCUAUCUUGACUAUAGUGCCUUUUCCCCAGGACAGUGUAGCACCAUGGUGAGAGGUGUCUCCUGAGCCUCCAGUUCCUCCAGUGGAAAAGAGAACCUAAGAGGGAACAACCAGCCCUGCUCCCCCCAGCAUUGUGGGUCAUUCAGUGGGCACCCAUACUCUCAUUGCAUACUACUGGAAUUGCAAUUUCAAUAUGUCGAAUAUAUUUCAAUAUAUUUCAAUUUCAAUAUAUUGAAAAUAUAACUGUGACAGAGAAUGAAAGAGGGGUUUGCAACAACCAGCAGACAGAUCUUGGCAGACCAAGUUCAUAUGGGCAGUGCCCAAAUAGUAAUCUCAACCAGUGGCUUUGCUCAUCUGCAGAACCAAGUUGGGGGUACACUCUGACCAGGGACCUUGGAGGAGGUACAGGUCUGCCUGAUUCAGAUCCUCAAACAAGAUGUUUGCCAGCCCCACACCCCAGUUUGCUCAUACUGAGGCAGGAUACUGAGUCACAGCCCCACCCACUGUGGAGAGUGCCUUCAGCCCCAUCAGACCAGAAGUCUAGAGACAACUCCUGGAAGCUAUGUGGUCCAGUGCACUUGAGCUGAAAGAAGAGCAGACAGAGCCAGUAGUUUGCAGAGCCAUUGGCCUCAUUUGGCCAAGGAGCUUAAGGCCUGGUUCUGCUUGAGUUAAGACAACAAAGAACUUUACUAGUUUUACAGCUGCUUCUCCAGUUGCACACAGGAAGGGAAUCUAAUGCAUGACCUUGCUCAUGGAUAAAUAUAGCCUUCAGCUAUCUGACCAGGAAACCUAACCAGAGUACACGGGAAACCACGUAGUCCAUCUAAAAUCCCUACAUACAGUGGCACUUGAACAGUGAGCACAGCCCAUGGAUUCCUCCAUCUGCAGACCAUCACCUGACCAGGGAAUUCAGUGGACACUCAGGCCUGAUUUGAAGUCCCUAAACAAUGAUCUCUGUGGUCCCUGGACCUUGGCUGCUGCCCUAGCAGAGCAGGGAAGCAGGGAAAAUAACUUCAUCUACUACUGAAUAUAGACCCAGUCCCAAUCAUCUAGUAAGUCUGAGCAGAGAAUAAGGCAACUGAGGACGCCAUCCUACAUCAUCACUUGGAUAGGGAGCCAAGCCAGCAAUCAUAUCCAACAAUUUUCAGCCAGUGGCACAAUACUCCAUCCCUGUCCUCAGAACUUAAAUAGUUGCCUCACCCAAAAUAUUCCAUAACAGGCCCCACUUACCCAAAGACAUUACCAAUAGACACACCCAGAAAAAAAAAAAAAAAGUGAGAAGACUAGUGAAGAACUAUCACCGCCAAAGCAAACCUAUAAAGUCUGGAAGAAGAGAUUAAUUACUCAAAUACUCAUGCCAAUGAAAGAAAUCAAGGAUCAUGAAAAAUCAGGUAAAUAUGACACCACCAAAGGAAACUAAUAAAGCUCAACAACUGACCAUAAAAAAAAAGAAACCUAUAAAGUAUCAGACAAAGAAUUCAGAACAAAUCUCUUAAAGAAGUUUAAUGAACUUUGAGAGAACAGAGACAGACAACUAAACAAAAUCAGGAAAACAAUGCAUGAACAGAAGAAGAAGUUUGACAAGGAAAUAGCCAUCAUCAAAAAAACAAAAACAGAAAUCUCAGAGUUGAAAAAUUCAGUGAAUAAACUGAAGAAUUUGAUAGAGUUUCAAAAGUAGACUCAAACAUGCAGAAAAAAAAUCAUCAACCUGAAGGAUAGAACAAUGGAAAUUACCCAAAGGAGAAAAAAAAUUUAAAACAGCAAAGAAAGCAUAUGGAAAUUAUAUGAUAAUGAAAAGAAACAAUAUUUGCUUCAUAGGAAUUCCGGAAGGAAAAAAUAGAAAGGGACAGAAAGCAAUAAUGGUUAAAAACUUCCUGAACUUGGGGAGAAAAAUGGUUGUAUAGAUCCAUGUGGCCCAAAGGAUCCCAAACAGAUUGAACCUAAGGAUAGAGGGCUACACUGAGACACAUUAUAAUUAUAUAAUAUGUAAUAUAUAAUAUAUAAUAUAUAAUUAUAUAAUAUACAAUAUAAUUGCAUUUUCAAAAGUCAAAGACAAAAUAUUUUUUAAUAACACUAAGAGGAAAGAGAGAACUUAUAUGCCAGAAGCUCCCCAUAAGAUUAUUGGAUUUCUCAACAGAAACUCUUCAGGCCAGGAGAAAAUGGGAUGCUGUAUUCAAAAUAUUGAAAGAAAAUAAACUGUCAACCAAAAUUCUAUACUAUACCUGGCAAAGCUGUUCUUCAGAAAUGAAGGAGAGAUAGACUCUUUUAAACAAACAAAGCUUAUUUACAAGAAAUAAAAACACAAAAAGGUAACAUGAACCUCACUGGCAAUGUCAACUAUAUAGUCAUAACUGGAUUCUUCAAUAUGGUAAUAGUGAUACAUCACUCACUCACAGCUCUGUUUUAAAAUUAUUUUAAAGAAUGUAACAAAAAUAACCAUAAAUACAAUAAUCUGUUAUUCGUUACACCAUGUUAAAGAAAUAAAUUAUAACAGCAAUAAUCUAAAAUGUGAGGGGCAGAAGUAAAAGUACAACAUAUUAAAAGUGUAUUUAUUAGUAGGCUUAAUAUAGGUUUAAAAUGUGUUGUUAUCAGUUUAAGAUAUAUUAUGCAUGCCUCAUGGUAACCACAAGGGAUGAUCUUGUGGUAAUCACACAAAAGAACAUAAUAAAUAGUCAAAACAUUUUAAUACCAAAAAAAAUCAAAACACAAAAAAAGACAGCAGGAUAAGAAACAAGGAACAAUGGAUCUACCAAAAAAUAAAAACGAGGGAAAAAAUUAACAAAAUGGCAACAGUAAGCCCUUACCUAUAAACAAUUACAUUAAAUGUAAAUGCACUACAUUCUUCAAUCAAAAGAUGUAGAAUGGCUGAGUGGAUUCAAAAAACAAGAUCCAACAAUAUCAACCUAAAAGAGACUCACUUUAGCCUUAAAGACACAAUAUGGACUGACGCUGAAUGUGCACAGAGAGAAAAAAGAAAUUUAAGGCAAAUUGUGAUCCCAUCCCCCCAAAAAAGGUAGGGAUAGCUAUAUUUAUAUCAAACAAAAUAAACUGAAAAUGGUUAAGAGAGAGAGAGAGAGAAAGUCAAAAAAUGUCAUUAUGUGAUGAUAAAAGUGUCAACAUAUCAAAAAGAUAAAACAAUUAUAAAUAUUUAAGUGCCCAAGAUAGGAGCACCUAAAUAUAUAAAACAAAAACUAACAGAGCUAAAAAAGGAGAAAUAAACAGUAUUACAAUAAUUUUUAGGACUUUAAGACCCCACUCUCAACAAUGGAUUGUUCAGAUAGAGAAUCAAUAAGGAAAUAGUGGAUUUGAGCAUCACUAUAGGACCAAAUGGAUCUAACAGAAGUGUACAGAACACUCUAACCAACGACAGCAGAAGACACAUUCUUCCUAAGAGCACAUGAAACAUUUUCUUGGACAGACCAUAUAUUAGGCCACAAAACAAGUUUUAGCAAAUUCAGAAAGACUGAACUCCUACCAAGUAUCUUCUCUGAUCACAAUAGUGUGAAACUAGAAAAUUGGUAACAGGAAGAAAACCGGAAAAUUCAGAGACAUAGAAAUUAAUAAUGUCCUCAACAACCAGCAGAUCAAAGAAGAAAUUAAAGGGGGAAUAAAAAAGCUUAUUGAGACAAGCAAAAAUGGAAACACAACACACUAGAACUUAUGGGAUGUAGCAAAAGCAGUUCUGAGAGAGAAGUUCAUAGUAAUAAAUGUCUACAUUAAGAGAUAAGAAAGAUCCUAAAUAAAAAACCUAACUCUAUGCCUUAAGGAACUAGAAAAAGAAGAAGAAAUUAAGCCCAAGGUUAGCAAAAGAAAGAAGAUAAGAUUGGAGCAGAAAUAGAGAAUAGAAAAAUAAUAGAAAAAAUAAAGCAAACUAAGAGUUGGCUCUUUAAAAAGACAAAACUGACAAAACCCUAACCAGACAACUAAGGAAAAAAAGAGAAAAGACCCAAAUCAACACAAUUAUAAAUAGAAAAGGAGACGUUACAGCUGAUAGCACAGAAAUUCAAAGGAUCCUAAGAGAUUCUGCUGUGAGACUAUAAACUGAUGCAGCUACUAUGGAAAAUAUUAUGGAGGAACCAUUAAAAAAUUAAAAAUGGAACUAUCAAAUGAUCUAGCCAUUCCACUUCUGAGAAUAUAUCCAAAGAAAAUGAAAAUACUACCUCAAAAAGAUACCUUACCCCCAUGUUCAUAGCGGCAUUAUUUACAAUAGCCAAGACAUGGAAACAAACUAAGGAUCCAUCAAUAGAUGAAUGGAUAAGGAAGUUGUUGUGUGUGUGUGUGUGUGUGUGUGUGUGUGUGUGUGUAUACACAAAGGAAUAUAAUUCAGUCAUUUAAAAAAAUGAGGAAAUCCUAUUAUUUGGGACAACAAGGAGGACCUUAAGAGUAAUAUAUUUAAGUGAAAUUAUCCAGACCAAAAAAAAAAAAAAAAAAAGACAAAUCCCACAUGAUCUCACUUAUAUAUAAAAUCUUAAAGAAAACAGUGA